UCACCUAACGAAGAAGACGAACAACAAAAAAUAGAUCUCUCUCUCUGUUUCUCUUCCUCGCAAAGUCUCCAUCUUUUUUCUUCAUUCCUCAAAGUACCUAACUUCGAUUUUCAAUUUACUCCUUGAUUUGUACCAAUGUCAUGAUUUUUCCCGAGAAAAAACCUCCGGGAAAAUAGCACAAUCCUCCUCGAGCUCCCAUAGAAGAAUCGAUUCACAAUGUCGGCGUUUUUCUUCAAGAGCACUCUCUUCUUGAUCCCGAUUCUGACGCUGCUACUCACCUCCCCGAGCAGCUCCAAAGCUCGAAUCUUCACCUUCGAGAUGCACCACCGUUUCUCCGACGAAGUCAAGCGCUGGUCCGACUUAACCGGACGAUUCGGUAGUACUUUCCCCCCUAAAGGAACCUUCGAGUACUUCAACGCCCUCGUCCUCCGCGAUCGCCUCAUCCGCGGCCGCCGCCGCCUCUCCGAUUCCGAAUCGGAGUCGUCCGCUCUCACUUUCUCCGACGGCAACUCCACUUCUCGCAUCAGCUCCCUCGGAUUUUUGCACUACACGACGGUGAAAUUGGGAACUCCGGGGAUGAGAUUCAUGGUGGCGCUCGACACAGGGAGCGACCUCUUCUGGGUCCCUUGUGAUUGCGGCAAAUGCGCACCUACCGAAGGACCUGCUUACUCUUCUGAGUUUGAGCUGAGCAUUUACAACCCCAAACUCUCGAAAACAAACAAGAAAGUCACCUGCAACAACAGUCUAUGCGCGCAGCGUAACCAGUGCCUUGGAACGUUCAGCACUUGCCCUUACAUGGUGUCUUACGUCUCUGCUCAGACUUCGACCUCUGGUGUUCUCAUGGAAGAUGUUAUGCACUUGACUACGGAGGAUAAGAGCCCUGAGCGCGUUGAGGCGUACGUCACGUUCGGAUGUGGACAGGUUCAGAGCGGUUCUUUUCUUGACAUUGCGGCGCCGAAUGGUUUGUUUGGUCUUGGUAUGGAGAAGAUAUCGGUUCCGAGUGUGUUGGCGAGGGAAGGUCUGGUUGCUGAUUCGUUCUCAAUGUGUUUUGGACAUGAUGGAGUUGGGAGGAUCAGUUUUGGGGAUAAAGGUAGUUCUGAUCAGGAAGAGACACCUUUUAAUCUCAACCCUUCUCAUCCAAACUAUAACAUCACGGUGACGAGAGUGCGUGUAGGGACAACUCUAAUAGAUGAUGAGUUUACAGCUCUGUUUGACACUGGCACAUCGUUUACUUAUUUGGUUGAUCCCAUGUAUACAUCAGUCUCUGAGAGUUUUCAUUCUCAGGCACAAGAUAAGCGCCAUUCACCGGAUCCGAGGAUUCCCUUCAACUAUUGCUAUGACAUGAGUUCUGAAGCGAAUGCGAGUUUGAUACCGAGUUUAAGCCUUACAAUGAAAGGAAACAGCCACUUCACCAUCAAUGAUCCUAUAAUCGUCAUCUCUACGGAGGGUGAGCUUGUCUAUUGUUUAGCCAUCGUCAAAAGCUCUGAACUCAACAUAAUCGGACAGAACUACAUGACUGGAUAUCGUGUAGUAUUCGACAGAGAGAAGCUCGUCUUAGCUUGGAAAAAGUUUGACUGCUAUGAUAUUGAAGAGACAAAGACAACUCUUACCGGAGCAAACAAAACGGAGGCGGUGGCUCCGGCAAUGGCAGCCGGGAUAAGGACUCAUAAUAACAACUCCUCAGAGGAGCUACACAGAACAAACCAAACCAACUCCAAAAGUAGCUCUUCUUCCUCCAACCAAAGAUUUAAAACAGUAACGCUAUGGUCUUUCUUCAGAUUUUUGUUCAUAUUAUUUCCACUUUUAUAGAGUUUGUAGUAGUAAUCUUCUUAAAAGUCACACUCCAAAACACACAUUUUGUUUGUAUCAUAAUGAGAUUAUAGAGAUCAGCCUCUUCAGGAAAAUAUAUGUUCUUCCACUCCUACUACU